UGCCCUGAGGGGAGCGGGAGGCGGAGUCGUAGCCGCAGUAGGGGCUCGUCAGGCCCGGGAGCGCCAUGGCCCAGGCCAGGAUCAGCGCUAAGGCCAAAGAGGGCCAGCCGGCGGGGCAGCUCCGCGGGCGCUUCUUCCGCUCCACCUCCAUGGCCGACUGCUCCAGCCGCCUGCUGCAGAACCUGGACCAGCUGGAGCUCAGGGUUGAAGCCUUGCGUGAUGCAGCCUCUGCUAUGGAACAAGAAAAAGAAACCCUGCUAGAAAUGAUCCACAAUAUACAGAACUGCCAAGAUAUGAGGCACAUCAGUGAAGGUGAAAGAGAAGAACUUUGCCUGACUGCCAGUCGUCUGAUGGACCGAACCCUCACUGUUGAGGUUUCUGUAGAAACAAUACGAAACCCACAGCAGCAGGAAUCCCUUUUGCAUGCCACAAGGAUGAUUGAUGAAGUAGUCAAUAAACUCCUUGAUGAUCUGGAAGGUUACAAAAGCCGUUUAAUGUCACUUUAUGGUGCAUGCACAUCUGAGGUACCAUCUGGACCCAUUGAUCAGAAAUUUCAGUCUGUUGUAAUUGGAUGCGCUAUUGAAGAUCAAAAGAAAAUCAAAAGGAGACUAGAGACUCUGCUUAGAAAUCUAGAAAACUCUGAAAAGUCAAUCAUGUUGUUAGAACAUCCAAAAUCAACUGUCCAACAGCUAUGCAACAACGAAUAGGGUUAAAGUAGUACUAGCUAUUUGGGCAGAUCAAAGUUAAGUCUCCAUAAAGAAUGCACGGAAUGCAAAGAAAAUGUUACUUUUUAGCACUAAACUAAUAAUACUUUAGAGCGCUGGGUGCAAAUAUUAAAUAAAUACUGAUAGCACUGCCUUAGGUAUCAGAAAGAACAUAGAUAUUUUCUUUCACAGUGAAGAUGUGAUCUAAGAAUGCUAUCAGGUUUGCUCUUCUAGACUUAAACUUUGUUGGUGGUGCUGCUGCAAAUUGUAAUUAAUGUACUUCUGCUGCACUCUUAAAGCUAAUCUAAUUUUUCUCUUAGGUUUUUGAAAACUUAAGCUGUUGUGUCAUGUACUAAGAUUUCACCUAGCACAUUUUUUCCCCUUUGGUGAAUACUCUAUAUGAAACAGACUUAUGGGAA